UUAAUACUGUAAGUAAAUGGAGAAUAAAGUGAUUAUUCCCUUUGCAUAAUGGGAGUACGGGAAAGUUCUUUGUAUAGCUUUAUGUUGAUUAAUAAGAUGCUUAUAUCAUCAACAACGCCUAUUAAGUCGUCCAUGUCGAGAAACUUUCGUAGUCACAAUGGUGUCUUUUCUUGCUCUUGCUCGAUUUCUCCUUGUUCUUCUUCUUUCAUCGUUUGAUCUUGCCUUCUCAAUCGAGCUCGCUGGUGUGCUAAAUCCCGAGGACAUUUCCCUCCCGCCGAGAGAUCCAAGGUCCCAGUCCGUGGAUUCCUACUGUCGCAGCUUCCAGUUUAGCGUGGCGUCUGGAAACCUCUUGAGCUGGAGGGUCCCUGCCGAGUGUGUUCCAUACGUCCGGAGCUACACCACCGGGCCACAGUACCAAGCCGACGUCCAAGCUGCAACGAGCUUGGCACUCCAGCAAGCCCAGACUUUCUGCGCCAGGCCCGGCAUUGAUGCGUGGCUGUUUGAUGUCGAUGGUACUCUCCUCUCAACCACGCCUUACUUUGCUACAAAGCAGUUCGGAGCUGGGAGCUACAACGACACUGACUUUAACUUGUGGGCCGCCAGAGGCGUCGCUCCGGCGAUCGUUCCAGUGAGGACCUUCUACCGGACGCUUCUCAGGACGAACUGGACAGUGUUCCUCGUGUCCACUCGCCCAGAGUCACUGCGGCGUGCGACUGUGAGGAACUUACUCCGGGCGGGCUACAGAGGCUGGAAGAGGCUCUUCAUGAGACGACCACUCUUCCAGACUCAAGACGAGAACCUUGUUGAAAUAAAGAAAGCAAACAAACUGUCCAGGGGCUCGGCCGAGAAAUCGAUGAAAGAUGCUGGGUAUGACACCAAGGGAGCAACGAGCAACAAGCAAGACACAGGUGGUGACAAGAGCAUUCCACAGUCUCAGGUGCCUGAUCUCUCGGGUAACAAAUAAAAGUCAAGAAAGACAAUGCAAGAAACAUACCUCAAUAAUAAUGCAGAUUUGGAUUGUUUAAUAAUUGAAACUAGUACCUCUUUAUUUCA